AUGUCAUUAUUUGCUUCAAGAGGACUAAGAUUGGGUUUGCCGUUAAGACUGUCCCUACAAUGUCGUCGAAGGUUGGUCCAACAGACGCCAUUUGAUCUAGAUGAAGGAGAAGAUGAGAAGUAUCGGUCCUUGAACAACAUGUAUGUGGACAUGUUCACUCAGAAGAAUGGUGAGAAGGCUUCCGCCAAUGUGGGAGAAGCUAGAAACCCCGUUAAUGAAUUGGAUGAGGUUAAUCAAGAGAUUGAUCAAUUGUAUAAUGUCGGUUACGAUAGUGUUACAGCGCUUGAAUUGGAAAAUUUAGUUAAAAGUGAGGGUAGGUUCGUCUUACAGAGUUUAUCUACAGAUCCUUACUAUAAUUUAGCCCUUGAAGACUAUGUCUUCCGCCAUACCCCCAUCAAUGACAAUUUUUCCAGCCACAGGUUACUCUUUUACAAGAACGAUAACUGCGUAGUCAUCGGUAAGAAUCAAACCGUUUGGAAAGAGGUGUUCUUGAAUAAUUUGGUUCAUAGAGGUUAUGAAUUCAUAAGAAGAUUAUCUGGAGGUGGUGCAGUGGUUCACGAUUUAGGUAAUGUGAAUUAUUCUUUUAUUACUUCGAGAAAAGAAUUUGAUAGAGAAUUCUUUAACAAGCUCAUCGUUAAAUGGCUGACCAACAAAUACCCAGAAAUGGCGUUACAUUUGAACUCUAGGGGAGAUAUCACUCUGAAUGGUGACAAGGUAAGUGGAAGUGCGUUUAAAAUUGCCAAAGGAAAGGCUUAUCAUCAUGGAACCAUGCUGAUUCAUUCUAAUUUACAAAACUUUAAAGGUUUAUUAAAACCUGAUCACAUUGAUGGCCUUACCUGGAGUUGUAACAGUGUUGACAGCGUACGAUCAAAGGUAACUAACAUGUCAUUGAAAUCUGCUCAAGAAUUCAUUGAUACCUGUGUUGCCGGAUUUCAAAACCAUUUCCCAUUGGUGAAUAAUAUGAUACCAGUAUAUUACUGUGACCAGAGUGUGGCUAUAAACGAUGAUAUCCAAAAUACAAUGUCAAAACUAAAGAGUGAUGAAUGGAAAUAUUUAUCAGGCCCUAAUUUCCGAGUAAAUAUUGAUGAAGGUAACCAUGAUAUAUCUGUACAAAAGGGAAUUAUUGUCGAUAGUACAAUCCCAAGCACUGUUGGGAUGAGCUUUGAAGAUUUUGCCCAAGAUUUUCCUCAGUUGUUAUGA